CGACAAUAACUCAUACGCCAAUUAUUCGACAACAAACCUAACCAUUUCAAUUCUUACGGCGCAUAUCGUAGUCCAAGAAGAUUCUUUUGUACUCUUUAGCUUUCCUGUCUGCUCCAAGAACUCGACGCGACGCCGCCCAAACAUCCAUCCACAACCGGCAUAAACAACAGUGCCGGAUAGCACCUCCACCAACGUCCACAUUGCACAAAGUGAGCCGCUUUAAUGGCUGCCUCGGCUGACUUGAGACAUCGCUCUCGAUUGAUUCGAGAAAUGGCCCGAGAUCUCAACAGACACGAUCACUCAUGUGCUUCCUCGACCGGUUCCCACCAUGGCACCGUGAGCGACGACUCCACAAUCGACUUUGAUCCCGAGAACGAGGCGAUAAUGUCCACGCGUCAAAUGGACCUCAAUAUUUCCCAGAGGCUCCCAGAGCUACGCGAUACCGCGAAGAAGUAUGGCCGCUGGAACGGUAACAGGCAACAAACAAACGACUUCAUCAUCAACACCUCGGCGAUCGGGCGUGCUUUUCCCGACUUUUCCCAAGGAGGCAGCUCGGACGAGAGCAGCUUCCAUGUAGAGGUUGGACGCGGAACAAAAACAAGGCAACGCGUUCCAAGCAGGGUCCCACAAACAGAAUACUCGGACAACAUCGACUCUCCAGUUGUCAGCAUCGGGGAUUUUAAGAUUCUCAGCACACCGCCAUCGAAGGGUCAAUCAAAGCACAGACAAGACUCUCUCCGAAGCAGUGUCGGGAACGGAAGGCAAAGCAGCAAAGGCACGCCCCAGAAGGAGAACAUCCCACCGCCAUCAGCGACAAAGUUGCCGAACUAUGUUUCUGGAGCGACGCGAUCCUCCAGCGGAGAACAACGUCGCACUCUUGCAGAGAUCCACGCCCGAGUUGCCGACGACUCUGAUGGAUCUUUCAUCAGCGAUGAGCGACCGGCCACAGUCACAUUCCAGCCAAAGCAGUCGCGAUUCUCCGCAGCCCAGCCAAAGGGCUCACCUCUUUCUGCCAUCCACAAUAUUCCUCAACAACAAAUCAAGACUGCUUUAGCCGACGCACUAUCUGGACACCGCGACGAAUUCCAACAAACUCCUCGGCCUCAGAACAAUGCCACGCAAAAUUCAUACACUGCCAACCAGACAAACCAAUCGUUCCUUCUUCCAAACAUGCCCGACCUUUCUGAGCUUGUCUCAGGGUCAUUUAAGGAUGGAACGCCAGUGUUUACACGCAGCGGCAAGGUGCAGUCCCGAUUCACAUAUUCCUCUGAGAGAACCCCACCUGGGCCAGGCCACGUGAAGCUGGACACUGUCCCCGUCCCAGAUGAGGAAAAGGCUAUUUUCAUCUCGUUGCAGCUCCUCCAAGAUAAGGUUGCUAUGCUCGAGAUGGAGAAGGCAGACGCGCAGCGAGUAGCCCAGAACCUGCAAGACGACAAUUUCCAGCUCCAAUCAGAGAAUGCACAGCUUCAGAAACACCGCCGAUCAGAUAGUGCCUUAGGAAUGGCCGACAGUGGCAGUGAUGGAGAAUUUGGGAAAGGGAACAAGAACCUCGUAGCUGAGAAGACCAAAAUAGAAGCACAGUUCAAGUCUUUACAGGUUCGUUACAGCGAGAUUGAGAGAAAGUCGUCCAACCAGGAGUUGCGCCUCAAGACUAUAUCAUUCGAGCGCGACCAGGCGGCUAAACAGCUUGCUGAGGCGUAUUAUACGACGGAGCAGCUGCAGUCUGAGAAUAAUGCCCUCAGGAGUGAGAAUGGUGAUCUGAAGCUUGAAUUGGCGCGACUCAGCACCGACUCGGAGGAGAAUACUCGACAGUGGAGGCAAAAAGAAACUGGCCUUCGUGAGAAGAUUAGCCGACGUGAAGCUGCCGUUGCUGAACUCCGCGAAAUGACUCAAGAGAUCCAACAAGCUCGCCUGGCGAAUACCGCUAGCGUCAAGACUCGCAAACCAGUCGUCCAAAAGCAACAGGCUCAGAAAGAGCCAAGCAACCCUCGGUCAAGCACCCGCGGCCGUGUCCAGGCAGUCGUUGGGAAGCAAGUGCCAGCACGCUUGCAGUCGCGAUCACGAUCACGUUCGCAAUCCCGCCACACCCAAUCAAGAAAUGUCAAGUCGUAUGCCGAGGAGGAGACCUUCGAUAUCCCUCCAGCAGGAACCACCAAUGAAGACUUUGACGACGCCAGCGAUGAAGGAUCCUUUGAUGAUGUUACAAAGACUGUUCACAAGGACCUCAAUGUCAAUGCAGAAGACGCGACCCAGGGCUCAAACUAUUCAAGCAUUCUGGGCCAUGGGGAAAUGGAUCGUCUCCGAGAAAUGCUCGCGAAUGAGAGAGCCCGAAACGCAGAACUCAGCGCCGGUGCGGGAAACCAUGAGCACACGUCCCAUUCAGUUGCGUCGAGUAGAUCGGCGAAAUCGACCCCGGUCACCCAGGGACUCACUGGUAUUCUCAAAAAUCGCAACUCAGCCAAACAAGACCAGGACAAUACCUCCCAUUCAAUGUCUCAUACGCGACGCCAUUCUGAGACCUCCAUCAAGGCCCGCACAGCACGCCGCCACAUUACGACGGAGGAGGUUACCUCGGCAUUCAUUAUCCCGGAUAUCACUUUGAGUGUAGCAAUGAACGGCGGCCACCCAACCCUCUCCGCCAAAGCCAAGAAGGUCCUUGACACGCUCUGCCACCAUGAUGGCGGUAACUGCACGGUUUGCACACGCGUGGCCUCUUUUGAGAAUAACGAGAUGAAGCAAACUGUUUCAAUCCAGAAGCCUAUCCCCGUCUCUGAUCGCAUGCCCGUUGCUGGGCCAUACGAAGAUGAGCCGACAAUGCGCCCAUCUGUCACCCCAGGCCUUGCACUUGCUACAGUCAUGAAGGGUCUUGAGGACGAGCUGGCCCACCUGAAGAUUGAACUGGCCCAGUAUCAGGCCGUUUACAACAAACAUGAUCCAUCGCUCAGCAUGCGCAAACGCAAGGCUGUCAAAGCCAGAAUUGAGAGUUUGUUAAAGGCAAUUGACACGAAGGCGGAUCAAAUUUACGCGCUCUACGAUGUUCUUGAGGGACAGAAGGAGACUGGCCAAGAGCUCAGUGAGAAGGAAGUUGAAGUUACGCUCAUGGAUAUUGGGAUUGACGUCGAUGCUCUCAAGAAGGAUAAGUCUGAGCAAGAUCCCGAGGGUGAGGAUUCUGGGGAGGACUCCGAGCUUGACCUUCCCUGGGAAGGUAUUGAGGAUACGACCGGCUCAAGCAGCGUCAAUGGAAGACGCCGGAGUUGGGUUGCAUAAUUUGUCAAGGAUUACAUUGGAUGGAGUUUGGGAUAGUGGGAUUUUGUUGGAGAGAACACGGAGUUAGGACAUUUGCGCGGCUUAGUUUGCAUUUGAGCGACUGGGUCCUGUCUGAGUUAUUGUGUUUGGAAUUGAUGUGUGCGCUGUAGUUGACUUCACAAUGGAAUGAUUACCAAGCCAAGCCAUUGACUUUACUAUGAAAUGAUUACCAAGCGGACUCCAAAAUGACGUCUAUUUUGUUAUCGUGAGAUAAGAUAUAAAUGGUUGGAG